AUGGCAUCUAAAAGUCGACAAUUAAUAGCGUCACUAUCGUCUCGUAUUCGAGGCGUCAUUUUUGAUAUGGAUGGAACAUUAACAAGACCAGGAGCUAUUGAUUUUGCUCGGAUGCGUGAACGUUGUGGAAUUAAACCAGGUGGCGAUAUAAUUGAAUUUGUUAACAAUCAAUCAGAACCAUUACGUUCCAAAUUAAAUGAAAUAUUAAUUGAAGAAGAAGAAUUUGGUUUGAAACGAAUGGAAUUAAUGCCGGAUAUUAAACAAUUAUUUGAUUAUUUAAUUGAAAAUAAUAUUAAUCGUGCUCUUUUAACACGAAAUAACGAUACAAUUAUGAAUCGAACUGUUGAAUUAAUGAAUUAUGCGAAACAAGAACCAUUUUCUGUCAUGUUAAGUCGAACAUUUUCUCCUCCUAAACCUCAUCCCGAUGCCAUACAUCAUAUUUGCCAACGAUGGAAACUUAAUGUCAAUGAAGUUUUAAUGGUAGGCGAUAGUUUAGAUGAUAUCAAAGCAGGAGCAGCUGCCGGAACUAAAACAGUUUUAAUCGGAUUGGAAGAUAAUCAUUUAUAUCAACAAGCAUUACCACAUGCUGAUUUUGUGAUCAAAAAUUUGUUUGAAUUAAUUAAUGUCAUUGAAAAUAUAAAUAACAAUGCGCCUGAAUCACAUUCAUCGACAACAACAGCAGAAACAAUUAUAGUGCAAUCAGAAGAGGAAAACAAACCAUCUAUUGAAAAUAGAUCAUGA